AUGGACAUCGACGACCUCUCACACGACACGAGCCCUACCCCUCCUGUUCAACAGGCAAGCACCACUGCUCCGAGGCCUGACCUCACCGUCGAGUCGACCUACACCGAAAUUGCGGCAUGGAUUAUAUCCGAUCCUCUGCUCGACAAGAUGCGCCGCAAAUACAAGGCCCUCUCUCACGCUGGCGUGACCAGCGCCGCGAGCGACGCCAUCCUGGCGGUUGCGGCGCGCAGCGCCGCCAGGCGCGGCGGCUCAGUCAUCCGUGCCGCAGACAUCCACCGUGCCCGCCUCGUGAUGCGCCAGUGGCGCUCUGUUCAUGUCCUCCGCAAGGUCGCCAAGAAGGCAGCCGCCAAGGGGAUAGUCCAAAUCCCCGACGAGUGCUGUACUGAACUCACCACCGCCCGGAACCGCCAAAUCUACCGUACUUGGCGCUCCCAGCGCGAGGCUGGCCUGCCGACCUCCCGCUCCUACAUGUCGUUCAUAAUGUCGCUUGUGAUUAACGAGCACACCUGGCUCGACCACCUCGACUCGGUCGCUCACAUGUAUGCCCACUCGGAGAGCUUCCACUAG